CCACCGGUCACCACUCCGGCCACUGGACACUACUCCAGCCACCGGCACCUGCCCAGCCAGCCCCCCGGCCAUGGCUCCCCGCGGGUCGCUGCUGCUGCUGGCGCUGCUGGUGCUGAGCUGUGCCCUGCCCCGCGCCCCCGCCCAGCACUGGUCCCACGGCUGGUACCCGGGGGGCAAGCGGGACCUCCGGACCCCCCCGAAUCUCCAGGUCCCGGCCCCUCUCGGGCGCUGCCGCCCUCCCCCGUGUCCCCCCCGUCGGGAGGAUCCGCUGCCGGGGCCCGCGCUGCUCCCCUGACCGGACCCACCGACCCACGCGGGAGCGAGCCGGGACCCCCCCGCGGGGAAUAAAGGGGCUGGGGGGA